UCAGAGCCAUGAUGAGAACUUCCGCUUCCUCUGCCGCCGCUGCAGGGCCCGGCCGCGCCUAGGCCGCGGCGGCUCCCCCUGGAGGCCGAGGCCGUGGCCGUGCCCCAGCCGGGCAGGGAGGGGGCGCGAUGCGGCCGCCGCUGCGCUGGCUCCUGACCGGGCUGCUGCUGGGAGCGCUAUGCGAGGAGGCUGCCGGGGCGAACAGCGACCCGCCGGCUCGCUCGACGCCCCCGCAAGGCAGCACCCCCGGGGAGGCGACGCGGAGCAGCAGUGGCAGCAGCAGGGCCCCGCCCGAGCGGGACCAGCCCAUGACCCAGCGCGCCCUGGCUGUGCUCGUGGUGGCCAGCGGCGCCCUCAUCGUCUACUUCGUGAUCCGGACCGUGCGCCUCAGAAAAAGAAACAAAAAGACCCGAAGGUAUGGAGUUUUGGACACCAACAUAGAAAAUAUGGAGUUGACGCCAUUAGAACAAGAUGAUGAUGAUGAUACAACAUUGUUUGAUGCCAAUCAUCCUCGAAGAUAAGUAUGUGCCUUUCAUUGAGAGAAAUCAACAGAAAGAGGAGGUUAUGCAGGAGGAAUAAGAAGCCAAUAUAUCAACAGGGUUGGGGGGGUAUUUAAAUUGUGUAUAUUAUGGUAUGCUUAGUUUGUUGCAAUAAAUAUUAUAACAAAUUGUUGUACCUCUUUGUAUAUACAGAAAUACUCUACAUUCAGAGGGGUGUACACUAAAAUUCAAAACUAUUUGGAAAAGAGAUUCCCUUUUAAAACAGGGUAUUUUCUGCUUAUUUUAAUUCCCUAUUUGUGUAUAUGUAUGGUAUACUUUUCUAUACCAAUCUGGAAUAUGUUCACUUAUUUUUGCCAAUGUAAUAUUUUAAGUUCGUAUCAACAACAUCAUCUUAUGUAUGUGUGAAUUCUGUAGUACAGCUAGAUUUUCUGUAGUUUAGUUGAGAUUCUUUCCCUAUCUUGAAAAAGCUCUGUGCCAAACUACUGCCUUUUUUUUUUGUUUGAAAUUUUUAACUAAAUGAAUGCGAGUUGCUGUAUGUAAACAUUAUUUAAAACUGCCAAGUGCACCAAUAAAAUGUUUACAAUAUUCCUAA